AUGCGCGCGGCGCCAUCGAAACCCUUCAAGAUGCAGGUACCCUUCUCCUGUGAGUUGCAUCCGGAAUCAUCGAUGCCUCCCCGGUGGUACUAUGCACGUGCUAGUCUGCUCGGCAAUCUUGACAUCAACAGUGACCUGGAGUAUAAUCUUGGAUCACUUACGCCAGAGGACAUUCUCAAACUUGUAAGACAUCACAGCCAUCACCCAGAGGUCACCAAAGAUCGCCCUGGAAUCUCACGCAGAAGGUCAUUAA